AUGAUGAAAGUCAAUGGAUUCGGGAAGAAAUUAGGCGAGAAAUUGACCGCUAAGCAGUUGAGAUCGAAGUUUGAGAGACAAGAAGAAUGUGAUGAGUCGUAUUUUGAUGAAUUAAAAGAAUCACGAAAAUGGCGGGAACCCCCAGAGAAAGCGCUUCGGUUCGAAAAUGUGAUUGUUCAAGAAACGAAUCUUCCAGUGGAACAAAUGGAAGAAUCCAAGAAGAUGUUAGGAGACGCGCUUCAAUUGUGUGGAAUCGAAAAUGAAAUCGCCAGUUUUAUGAAGAGGAAAUUUGAUGCGAAAUAUGGCGGACACUGGCAAUGCAUUGUUGGACGAAACUUUGGGAGCCACUUGGAUCCGGUUCAAUUCAUUCAUUUCACUGUUUCCAAAAUUUCAGUUAUUUUGUUCAGAUAA